AUGGCAUUUUUGCUUCUCCUGGUGAUGCUGACAGCAUGUGCUGCUGAUCAACAAGAUCUGUCUGGUGAAAUGUUUACCUUCCUGGAGCGAACUAACACGGCUAAUGUGAGACUGACAACAUCGGCACAGAAUAUCAGUGCUGUAACUGUCUGUCUCAGGUCAUUUACAGACCUCAAAAAAGCCCACGUGCUUUUCUCUCUGGCCACACCGUCUGCUCCCAAUGGUUUCCUACUAUUCAAAACCACUGAUGGGAUUGAACUCAUUGUCAAGAAUCGAAAGGUCGAAUUUGCAGCAGAGGACUACAAGCUGAACAUGUGGCUCUCAAUUUGUUCUACAUGGGACUCUGCAUCUGGUGUGGUGCAGCUGUGGUUAGAUGGAAAGCCCUCAGUAAGGAAAUUCAUUGGUGGAUCAAACAUCUUGAGCUCCAUUAUUAUCCUCGGACAGGAGCAGGAUUCAUAUGGCGGGGGGUUUGCCAUUGAUCAGUCUUUUGUUGGCAUGCUUUCUGAUGUCCAUAUGUGGGACUACGUCCUUUCACCCUGUGAGAUCAAGUACUACGUGAAUGAUCUGAACUUCACCCCAGGGAGUCUGCUCAACUGGAGGGCACUGCACUUCAAUACCAACGGAAGAGUGGUGAUAGAAAGGAAACAAAAGGCCUGUCUGUUGUAG